AGUGGCGCACUUUAGUAUCCGUUCGGAUUUCGUGAACGCACAACGCUGGCCGCAACGCGUUUCGUUCAAUAUUACUCGUCGCGAAAAAACAAUAACAUUCUAUAUUCUCUGUGGCGAAUUUUUGUGUGAUUACCUUGUACUUAUUAAACGCUAAAACGGUUAGGAUCCUAGUGUGCCGUGAUGCUGUGAAGUAGACAAUGGACGUGUCGAGCGCGCCGCGCGCUCUGGGACGCGCGCACCUGUCUCAUUUACCUCAGCGACCACCUGUCAGCCUCAGCUUCCAGGAUCUGACGUAUACUGUACACAACGGGAAAAGUUCCAAGCUGAUUCUCCGAGGUAUAACUGGCGAGUUCCACUCGGGUCAGCUGACUGCCAUCCUCGGACCUUCGGGAGCCGGCAAGAGUACUCUAUUGAACAUAUUAGCAGGGUAUAGGGUAACGGGCGCCGGCGGUCACAUCCUAACAAAUGGCGAACCAAGAAACCUGAAGCAGUUUAGGAAGCUGUCGCGCUACAUCAUGCAGGAGGACCUGCUGCAGCCAUUCAUCACAGUCCACGAGGCCAUGAUGAUUGCUGCAGACCUGAAGCUGGGAGCUGCGAUGUCGCAGCAGAAGAAACUGGUCGUGGUAGAAGAAAUAAUCCAGUUGCUACGGCUCACCAAAACUGUGAACACCACCACUGAAAGGCUGUCAGGGGGGGAGAGGAAGCGACUGUCGAUAGCAUUAGAGUUACUGAACAACCCACCGGUCAUAUUCUUAGAUGAACCUACAACAGGUUUGGACGAUGUGGCGUCUUCAACAUGUGUCUCCUUGCUGAAAAGAGUAGCAAGAGGGGGUCGGACAGUAGUCUGCUCUCUUCACACACCAUCAGCUCGUCUCUUCGCGGAGUUCGAUCAUGUUUAUGUGGUGGCUGAUGGAAGAUGCGCCUAUCAAGGCACUGCGGCUGGUGUGGUGCCUUUCCUGACUGAACUGCAAUUACCUUGCCCUAAGACUUACAAUCCUGCCGAUUUUAUUAUAGAAGUAUCGAGUGGCGAAUACGGCCCCCACGCGGACAGAAUGGUGGCAGCAGUAGAAAAUGGCAGAUGCCAACGGUGGCGAACUUUUGCCGUGGCUGAAGCUAACGUCGAAGAAGAGGACCUGGAACAGCUGAAUGCUGGUGGAGUGGAAACGUUGAAUUUCAAACACGGGAGCACACCAUGUUUCCAGUUUUCGGUGCUUCUUAGGAGAAUGUUGCUACAAAACGUUAGAAAUAAGGAUUACCUAUGGUUAAGAGUGGGCCUACAUUUAUUCUUAGGGUUUAUAGUGGCCCUUAUGUUUAACAAAAUGGGCUAUGAUGCCUCCAAAACGAUAUUUAAUUUCGGAUUUUGCUAUGCUUGUAUCAUAGCCAUGCUGUACAUCCCAAUGAUGCCAGUGUUAUUAGCAUUUCCUAAAGAAGUACAACUCGUGAAGAGAGAAUACUUCAACCGUUGGUACGGGCUGAAGGCCUACUACGCAGCCCUGGUUGUCUCCCGGACGCCACUAACAAUCUUCUUCAGCCUCAUUUACCUGGUCAUCACGUACCCUAUUACAUCUCAACCCAUGGAGAUUUCCAGAAUACUCAUGUUCACCACUAUAUGCAUUAUGGUCGCUCUGAUUUCGGAGUCUAUGGGCACGGUUAUAUCGUCUACGUUGAGUGUAGUUAAUUCAGUAUUCCUGGGCCCGGCCAUCAGUGUGCCGCUCAUGCUGCUGGCGGUGUACGGCAUCGGGUAUGGAGACCUCCCUGUCCCCCUCAUCUGGAAGCUUGCCAGGUCCUGCUCGUUCCUGAGGUACGGCAUUGAGGGCCUGGUGGUGGCCAUCUACGGCCCUCCGCGGGAGGACCUGAUCUGCCCUGACCAUGUCGACUAUUGCGAGUAUAAGAAUGUUGCAGGCUUCGUGAAACUCAUGGGCAUGUCAGGUGUCUCGUUCUGGAUAGAUUUUGGGGUUCUCGUCUUCAUCCUUUUCGCCAUGAACCUGACUGGAUACUACCUACUGCGGCAGCGGCUAUCACCUAAUUAUGCCUUCAGAGCUAUCAAGGUUAUCGGCACGUUCGUUAAGAAUAAGAUGAGCGUUUCUCCUCACUAGACAUGCAAAUAAAUCUAAGUAAAUUGACCAGUGUCUAUAUUGUCUUAGACAUAUAUGUAAAACAGACCACAAGCAAAACUUAAGUGCUAUAACAUCACUUUAUGUGCGUGCGAACUGUUAUGGUGACAUCAACGUCGCAAUUUUAUCGUGUUUUGAUGCUAAAACUAACAUCAAAAUUUAAUAAAGUCACCUAAAGAUAUCUUACAUGACUUUUAUGACUACCGCUGUCUAGUGGCAGAGGUUUUAUCGAUGUUUUCAUUCACAAUAAAAUAAUGAUAUUUCUAUUGACCAGUUUUUAUUUUAGCGUGAUAAUGUAUAUGUUAGUUUAAGCUGUGGCUUCGUAGGUUAUAAAAAAUGGACCAAUUUUGAUGACGAUUUGAUUGUGUAAAAGAGUUUGUUCUAUUUCAAGUGCCUUAGAACCUUUGGAUUCAACUGUUUGAAGAUCUGAUUGUUUUUUAUAGUUGAUGCCAGAGAAUUAUGUACAUCAUAUAGUUUCGUAACAUAUUAAGUACGUUAUGUCUUUGACUACGUAAUUAUGUAUAAGGUUUUUUGAAACAAGAUCAAAUUUAGUUUAAUUUAGUGAGUAAGUAUAUUUUUACACAGGAUUAGAAUAAAUAUUUUUUGCUUUAUUACAAACUACUUACGUAACUAAUAUCUACCUGAGUUUUUAUAAAUAAACAAAUGAAAUAUUUUUAUUCAUAUACGGACAUUAAACGAAUAAACAUGUACUUAUAAUAAACUUAUUUAUAAUAAUUUAUAUAUUUUAGAAUAGUAAUAUUGGAAAAGAUAUUAAAUUUAAUUAGUAUAUUUUUUUUAGAUUACAAUAAGUCGUAACGAAUCACAAUGUAAUUUUAAUUGAAAUAAAAAUAUAUGUAAAAAAUUUAAUAUGGUCUGACUGAACAAUUUGAGCAAGUUUUCUUGCCGUGUGAUAUAACAACCUUAUAAGAUAGUGUAAUUAUUUUUUCUACUAGAAAUAAAUAUAAUAAUGUAUUUGAAUAAACCUCGCUGGGUGAGGCUGUGGUCUUAACUUUUUUUAUAAUUACAAUAUAUGUAAAUUGGAUCCUCGUAAUAUCGUCGUAUCCGUACUAGAUUGAAAAAUACCAUUAAAUCACUGUAUUUAUUUGUAUAAGAAAUAAACAGAUAACUAUCUUGA